AAGAGAGAGAGACGCAUCGGAGCGUAGAGUCUUGAUCGUUCGUCAAGCGUGAUCGGUAUGUCGUGGAUCUACGAAGAAGGUUUUUAUUUUGUUGAUAAGCAUAUGCUCAUGCACUCGGCACCCCAAAGAGCACGGAGGUCUCUGAUAUUCGUGUCUUCGAACGAUUCGGGAACAAAUUUUCCAGCGUCGUAGACGAAACCGCUCUGCAUCAGGGUAACGUAAAAGCUAUCAAUUAGCCUUGAAAAUACACACAACCUCAGCUCCCCCCCAGUCAAGGUGUUGCUGGCAAAGCAUCCGUCGCAUCCUUCCCGUAAGUGGCACGAGUUUUCGAUAUCUCUCAGAAGAACUUCUAGGAUUGCCGUUUAAUCUUUUGUGCGUUCUGAUAAACUCUGAAACUACUUAGUCCGUGAGCUCGGAGAGUUGUAGAAGCAUUGGUUUCAACACUCCAAGAAACAAAAGCUAGGGAAAAAUGGGCGUUCUGUCGCAGGCGGUACUACAUCACUUCACGCACUUUAACGAGGCCGAAGUCGGUGACGCGACGCAUGGAACCGCGGAUCAUGUCGAUUUGACACAGGAUGCGGGACUGACUGAGGAGGAAGCUCCGGUCGAUAUCGGUGGUAAAAUUGACACCAGGAUGACGUUGGUGUGAUUUUGAUUUUGUUCAAUAUGUGUUUCGUUUUCGGAAAUCUCUACUGCAGGACAAAAGAUUGGGCUUUUAAGACCCAUCUUGGGCACAGAUAGGGUAGACACUUGCAUUCUUAGAUUGGACUUUCAUAUUUCAUGGUGAUGUCUUUAUUGUAACUCGCUAGAAAUCUUGGUCCAGGUGAGCAGGAUGUUAGUGACGCUGCGCAGGCCUUUGCUGCCAUAAAGCCCGGAAAAGAGGUCAGCGUCGACUUCAGUAAGCCAGAUUUGAACACUGCUCAGAAAAUGGAAGCCGUCUUUGGAAAGGAGCCGGAAGUCGACAAAAGCAAGCUAGAUAUGGAGGUAAGAGAAGGGACGGACAUUUCUUGGACUAGACCAGAUAGAGAGUGAAUUAAAGCAAAAAAAUGAAAGUGAUGGUUUUUUCCAUUCAAUCUACCCUUAUUUGAAAAUACCAUACCUCCCUGAUCUUUUUGGAGGAAUAUCAGCAAAAAAACUCCUCUUGUCCUUCUCAGAGUAUGGCGAAACUGCGAGUUGCGGCAUUUGAGGCAGAGGAUGCGGACGCCGCGCGCACGUGGGCAGCAAAUUUAGCGGAUCUCAAGAAGCAAUGCUUUGCGGACAAUACGGUCAAGCCGUGUCAAGUGCUGGCGACCGAAUCGAUGUACAUGGCCGCAAAAUACUAUCAAAUGUGGGACGAAUCUAUGAGCAUGUGGGAUCAAAGCAAUGGAGGUAAUAUCACAAGGAUGUCAGCUCAUGAGUCAAGUAUUUGUUUUCUUGGCUGUUACUUGGAGAUGAGAAAUUUAGUUUUCGAUGAGAGGGAAAAAUAAUGCAGAAAUAUCGUGAUUUUCCAAAAUUUCUCCUAAAAUCAUAGCUGAUUUUCAAGACGCGGGAGGCGUUGGUUCCAUGGAUCAUACUGCGGGCGCGGAGGAUGGUAGUCAACUCGCGGCGACCGCCGCAGAUGCAUCGGCUGACGCGGCAACGGAAGCGACAGGAGCAACUACGGACGCAGCUGCAGAGGAUGCUACAGCCUCCGCUGCUUCUGACGUCAAUACAGAAGCUCUGACUGUCGCCGAGGCUGGUAUGGGCUUUGGAGGAAUCUGGGCAGCUAUCGUGGGCGCUUUUCUUCCGCGAAAGACUGCGCCUGCUGCAGCAGGGCAGCGGAAACCAGCAAAUAGUUUUCUUUAGAUAUUUAUAGCUAGUAGCAAGGAAUAGAGACAGAGAGAUAAAAUGAGAGCAGUAUUUUUUUUGGAAAUGAUCUACACGCUUGAACUAGCAGAACUGUUGAAAUAGAACACAGCGAAUUGCAGCAGCGCUCGGAUGAAAAAUUCAUGUGUCCAACCCAUGCUGUAGCUUCAAGGCGUAGUUUUUGUACAGUAGCGUUACCAAGCAUCGAAACUAAUCUGACUAGCAACAUCUAAAGAAUCCCGAGCACGAGGUAAAUACUGCAGGUACAGCAUAGGCUCUAUGUUAAUCAUGAGUACUCUUUGGCAGCCGGUUGAACGUUUUUGUGGACCUGAGCUGGAUUUUGUUUGCGUUAUUUCGAAGAAAUCAAAUGUUGUCCCUAAUUGAUUCCUGUCCGCAAAUAUAUAUUGUGAACUUUUUUUUUGACUGCGGAGAAGUAGACUGCUUCUUGACGAGGUCGAGCAGUGCACGCCCGACAACGAUGACGUGUAAAUCCACGAUAUUUUGGAACAAGUAUCGUUCUUGCCAUCCUCUUUUAAGUUCUUUUCGGAAGCACAAAUUUUGAUCGAAAAUUUAGCGAAAAGGAAGGAAAUGAUAGAGAAUAUGUUAGUCGGCAGCCGUUUCAAACUUGAUUUCUUGAAAAAUUCUUCUAAGUAGAACCAGUGGAUCGUACCGGUAACGCCUGAUUAUGAUGCUUAAAUACCGUGCACAAAUCUAAAGAAGAAUCUAAAUCUGUUGAAAUGAGAAGCUAAGCUGGGAAAAAACAACAACCAAAAUAGAGGUCCGAGAAUUCGACUCAUGGUUGAUCGAGAU